UUGGCCCUGAAAGGGCUCAUUGUAGGGCGUGAUGAGCAUGUGUGCAGCCGCAGUGUGACUGUGCGAGUUUGGACCCCCUCCUCCUUGACGACCCUCUCAGCAGCAGAGGAGGGAUUAGUUAAUGGGCGCACAUCACCUCCUCCUCGGACCACUCCGCGACGUGGAAAGUGCAAAGCGUUGAAUCAUGUUCCUCGUCAUCCCCACCGACUGGAAGUGGAGCCGGAAUUGGGCAAAAUUUGGAUAACAGCAAGAGAAGAGCGGAACUUUUUAGAGCUCUUCCCAACAGCACCACCCUCCUCCUCCGUAUUGUUGUUGCCGUGAAAAUGCCUCCUCACCAGGGGCUCGGUACGCUCCGCAACCCCCCCUCACUCACACAUGUGGUCUAUAUGCUGAAGAAGUGAAAGAAGGAAUCGAACCUUUUCAACCAAAAGACGCGUGGAUAUUUUACUUCUCAUUCUUUAUUUAAGCUGUUGAACUGAUCGGACCAACAUGGGCAACGCAGGGAGCAUGGACCAACACACGGAUCUCAGGGGCCACAACCUGCCCCUAAAACUCCCCAUGCCGGACCCUGGAGAGCUGGAGGAAAGAUUCGCUAUUGUUUUGAACUCAAUGAAUCUUCCUCCAGACAAAGCUCGCCUGUUGAGGCAGUACGACAACGAGAAGAAGUGGGAGCUCAUCUGCGAUCAGGAGCGAUUCCAAGUGAAAAAUCCGCCUCACACUUACAUCCAAAAGCUGAAGAGUUACCUUGACCCGGCAGUCACAAGAAAGAAAUUCAGACGAAGAGUUCAGGAGUCCACCCAAGUCCUGAGAGAACUGGAAAUUUCAUUGCGGACCAAUCACAUUGGAUGGGUGAGGGAGUUCCUCAAUGAAGAAAACAAAGGCUUGGAUGUUCUGGUGGACUAUCUUUCUUUUGCACAGUACGCUGUCACGUUCGAUGGAGAUGGUGUUGAAAACAAUCCAGAUGCCCUCCUGGACAAGACCAAACCAUGGAGUCGCUCCAUUGAGGACCUGCAUGGAGGAAGCACAAUGUCAUCUCCCCUCAGUAGCAACAGCAUCACCCGGAUGGGGCGACACUCAACAAUACGUCUACUCAUCUGUCUGCCCGUCUUCGACAGCAGGACACAGAGCUCGCUCAACUGUCCAAAGUGCUCUCAAAUGAGACGUUGUAACACGUUGCCCAGUCGGAGGACGCUGAAGAACUCCAGGCUGGUCUGCAAGAAAGAUGACGUCCACGUCUGCAUCAUGUGCCUGCGCGCUGUCAUGAACUACCAGUACGGCUUCAACAUGGUUAUGUCCCACCUAAAUGCUGUGAAUGAAAUUGCACUAAGUCUCAACAAUAAAAACCCAAGAACCAAAGCUCUGGUCUUGGAGCUCCUGGCGGCAGUUUGUCUCGUGAGGGGAGGCCAUGAAAUCAUCCUUGCUGCAUUUGACAACUUCAAGGAGGUUUGCGUGGAGACGCAGCGGUUUGAGAGGCUAAUGGAGUAUUUCAAGAACGAAGACAACAACAUUGAUUUCAUGGUGGCUUGCAUGCAGUUCAUCAACAUUGUCGUGCACUCGGUGGAGGACAUGAACUUUCGGGUUCAUCUCCAGUACGACUUCACCAAGCUGUCUCUGGAUGAAUUCUUAGACAAACUCAAGCACACAGAGAGCGAUAAGCUGCAGGUUCAGAUCCAGGCCUACUUGGACAAUGUAUUUGACGUCGGCGCCCUCCUGGAGGAUGCCGAGACCAAAAACGCAGCCCUGGAGCGUGUUGAGGAGCUGGAAGAAAAUAUGUCACAUUUAACAGAGAAGCUGCUGGACGCAGAAAAUGAAGCCAUGUCCAAGAUUGUGGAGCUGGAGAAGCAGCUGAUGCAGACAAACAAGGAUCUAGAAGGCAUGAAGGAAGCCUACAAAGAGACCAGCGGGUCGCUCCAGUCGCUACGGCAGAUCUUGAAAGAGAAGGACGAGGCCAUUCAGCGACAGAGUCAUCUGGAGAAGAAGAUCCACGAGCUGGAGAAGCAGGGCUCCAUCAGGAUCCAUAAAAAGGGAAACGGCGACAUUUCCAUUCUGCCCACGGCAUCACUCGCCGGUGCGGAAGGCUUGUCUGGUGCCACAUCGGGCGGAAACGGCGUUGCUGUCAGUCCGGUCCACGUGGGUGGGGCGGUGGAUGUCCCGUCUCCUCCACCACCUCCGCCGCCUCCACUGCCAGAGAAUGGCACAUUAUCAAAUGGACCUUCGACGACCACUCCGACGCCAGCAGCUCCUCCUCCCCCGCCACCCCCGCCCCCACUUCCACCUACAGGACCCACUUCAGACAUGUUGGCCCCCCUGCCUCCUCCGCCUCCCCCUGCAGCGCCUCCACUGCCCGGCUGUGGGACCCCCACUGUCAUCAUGAACUCAGGUUUAGCCGAGGGACCCAUCAAACUUUUCUCUGUUAAAAUCAAGAAACCCAUCAAAACAAAGUUCCGUAUGCCAGUCUUCAACUGGGUUGCCUUGAAACCCAACCAGAUCAACGGGACCGUCUUCAAUGAGAUAGACGAUGAGAGGAUACUUGAGGACCUGAACGUGGAUGAGUUCGAGGAGAUGUUUAAGACAAAAGCACAAGGCCCGUCGAUGGAGUUCACCAUGAGCAAGCAGGUCAUCCAGAAGGGGCCGAACAAGGUGACGCUGCUGGACUCCAACAGGGCGAAGAAUCUGGCUAUCACACUGAGGAAAGUGGGCAAGACACCAGAGGAGAUCUGCAAGGCCAUUCAGCUGUUCGACCUGCGGACUCUGCCGGUUGACUUUGUCGAGUGCCUCAUGCGCUUCCAGCCCACGGAGAACGAGGUUAAAACCUUGCGGCAGUUUGAGAAGGAGAGGAAGCCAAUAGAGAGCCUGACGGACGAGGAUCGCUUCAUGAUGCAGUUCAGUAAGAUCGAACGGCUCAUGCAGAAGAUGACCAUCAUGGCCUUCAUCGGGAACUUCACAGAGAGUGUGCAGAUGCUAACGCCGCAACUUCAUGCAGUCAUAGCUGCAUCAGUGUCCAUUAAGUCAUCGCAGAAGCUGAAGAAGAUUCUUGAGAUUAUUUUAGCACUUGGAAACUACAUGAACAGCAGCAAAAGGGGCGCAGUGUAUGGAUUCAAGCUGCAAAGUUUAGACCUGCUGCUCGACACGAAGUCGACAGACCGCAAGAUAACGCUGUUACACUACAUAGCCAAUGUGGUGAAGGAGAAAUACACGCAGUUUUCCCUUUUCUACAAUGAGCUUCACUAUGUGGAGAAAGCUGCUGCAGUGUCGCUAGACAACGUCCUGAUGGAUGUGAAGGAGCUGCAGAGAGGCAUGGAGCUGACCAAGAGAGAGUACAGCAUGCACGGCCACAACACCAUGCUCAAGGAUUUCAUCACACACAAUGAGAGUAAGCUGAAGAAGCUGCAGGAUGACGCCAAGAUCGCACAGGACGCCUUCGACGAGGCCGUGAAGUUCUUUGGAGAGAGUUCAAAAACCACGCCGCCGUCCGUCUUCUUUCCCGUGUUUGUGCGCUUUGUGAAGGCCUACAGGCAAGCCGAAGAGGACAACGAGCAAAGAAAGAGGCAGCAGCAGAUUAUGAUGGAGAAACUUCUAGAACAGGAGGCCAUGAUGGAGGCAGACCAGAAGUCUCCUUCACAUAAGAACAAAAGGCAACAGCAGGAGCUGAUACAAGAACUGCGGAGGAAGCAAGUAAAAGACAGCCGCCAUGUCUAUGAAGGCAAAGAUGGAGCUAUCGAGGACAUCAUCACGGUGCUGAAGACGGUUCCCUUUACCGCCCGCACCGCCAAGCGCGGCUCUCGGUUCUUCUGCGAGCCCGCCCUCAAUGAGGAGUACCAUUACUAAGCUUGUAGAACUCUCUCUCCUUCCCUUCCAAAAAAGAAAGAUCUGAGGAAUCAGCCUUACAGGCGAGCGGACGCCGUGCGGAGGAGCGUGAGGAGACGCUUCGACGACCAGAACCUGAGACCGAUCAACAACGGCGAGGUGGUCGUGUGACGAGGGGGACAGUGCACGUGUUUGAAUAGGGGAGUAGGGGGCGCUAGUGAGGACUAGGGAUGGGCAUUUCACUAGAUUGGCGGGGAAAAUGAACUAAUCGAUCAAAACAGAAGAGGUGGCGUCAUGUCAGCAGUGGCUGAACAACAUAGCAGCAACAGAACCAAUGCUGGAAUAGCAGCAAGGGGCGACAACUGUUUCACACACCAACAGCUGGAUAUUAAAGCGCAUGCAGAGGUAGAUAAAGCUGCUGGAUGCUGACCACUCCUCACCACACGGGUGACUAGAACUAAAUAGAGGUUAUCAACAAUCAAUUGCAACACAACCUUAGUGAUGAAGCCCAUCCCGAGUCGGGACGUCUUAGAGGGAGAUGGAAUGUUGGACACUGAAGGCAUGGCAACGAUGAUAAGUAGCAACCGUAAAGAAAAGGGUGUGUAUGUGACACAUGAAUGCACCGUGUGUGUAUAUGUGUGAUAUAUAUUUAUUAUAUAUGUGAAGGACCUGGACUGACUUCUUGUUUAAUGGAAAGAAAUAAGUGCCUACAUUUGUUUUUGAUGUCACUCGUGUCUGCAAUCCAACCUGACUUGGCCGCAACGUGGAAACAGAGCAUAUUUUAGUGGUACUAUUAUUUUUCUACACAAGCAAGAAGAAGUUUGUCUCAACGUCAACACCUGAUAAAGACUACAGUGUUUGUUGUGUUCAUCCGUCGGCUGUUAGCUGUUGAGAAUGCAAAUCACUCAAGUCGUGGGACGUGAUUUCAAGACAAUUUAAUGGGAUGUUGUACAAAAGGCAAAACACUGCAGCGUGACAAAAAGCGGGGGUGCACUUGGUACAUGUUUUUGGGGGAUGAGUUAUUUUUUAAUGUUGAUUUUUUUUUUCCCAAAAGAACACAAAUUGUUUUGUCAUUUAAAAAAAAGUUAUUUAAAAAACCUAAUUGCUUUUAAAUUUUUACAAAAAAAAAAUGUAUGAUACAGGACAGAAAUACAAAUCUUGAUUAAAAAAUUCAACAGUUUUGCCUGUAAAAUGAGUAAUUUUUUAAAAUCUUAUUUUUAAAUAGGUGAAACAAAUUAAGUUAUGUAAACAAAAAUGUGUUUUUUUUACAAAUCAUUUUGUAACGCUAAUAAGAUAAAAUAGUUUGUCAUUUUUUUAAACAAUUGAAUAAUUUGAGCAAGAACUACUUUAAAUAAUAAUAAUUAUAUAUUAUGAAUAAUAAAAAUAAUAAAAAAUUGGGGGUGAAAAAUUAUAUUUUCCAAAAACUUGAAGGAACUUCAAAACUAGCUUUUCUGAGUGAAAACAUGAAUGCGGCACAGCAAUCACGGCUGAGUGUGCUGUGCAUCCUCAAGUGCUCCUUUUGUAUAAUUUUCGACUAGAUUCUCUUGUAAUCGUGUUUUUAAAGUCAUAUCAAGCCAGUGCCGAGAUUUAAAAAGGGGGAAUAGGGCAUCAAAACGAAACUUCCUGAUGACAUCACAACUGGAUGUUUUUUGUCACUUUGCCUAAAACAUGUACAGAUUAUUAACUACUACUGCAUCUACUCAUUUUAUUGAUUUAACCACUGACGAUUCCUUUAAGCUCAUGUUUUCAUCUCAUGGUUUUAAAAAGCAGAAAAAAAGGUUUCUUAAGUGGUGUACAGUUUUUGUACUGAAGUGACAAGAUGAAUAAUAUUGUACAUAAUGUUGAAAAGCAUUGCCUUGUGCGAUACAACUUGAAUGUUAUUUUUUAACUUAUAGUUUCAUUUUUGUGUCUAUUUAAUGAAGCCAAAUGCAACAAAAGGAGCGUUGAACACAGUCCAGAUGCAUUAAAGAUUGAUCAUUUAUCAACUUGAUAAUUUACUCACCCUGUCAUCUCCAACUAACUGGUUCAUACUGGCAUGUUAACUUUUACCACAAUUUUUUUUUUUUAAAGAAUUUCUGUGCUCAUUGCAAAUUAACAUCUUUUUGUUUUGAUUGGGAGAUGUUGCAUUUCCAAUAAAUAUGAUCAAUAAAAUAUUUACAUUGGAAUAUUAAAUUGUUCUUUCUUCCCCCAUGAAGUGAGGCACCGAUGGAUUUGAUAAGCAAAUACUUCUAUUUAUGCCAUCAUUUUUAGUCAUUUUUGCUGCGUUGUGCAAAACUAUAAAAGGUGACAUUGUUCUGCAUGCUUUGAAUGGGAAGAGGAAUUUUACAUCUGAGGAUCUGAAUGUGCAAUGUUUUUUGUUGACAGCAACAGUUCAUUGUUGGGAUGCACAAUAUUUUUUUCUCAAGGAAAAAUUUCUGCUUCACUUAAAAAAAAAACUAGUUUGUGCACACCUGAGAGGUAAGAAAGUUGGAUACCAGUAGAUUUGUCCGAAACAAAUACCUAUUAGCAAAAAAACUGCGACGGCGACUCGAAGUACAAACCGUGGCUCGGCGUCAGUAUCUUUGGCGACGCGGGCGUCUUCGUGGGAUUCCGGUGCGGCGUCGUGGCUGGCCUAUUUUUUUUUUUUACCCCGUCGCAGAGCGCUUGUGGAGCAUUUAGUGCAACUAGUGCGCAUGAUGUCUGAGGCAUUGGGGGUCCCACACGACCGACGCCAUGUUUGUUUCCAACACGUGUGUACUGCACGUCACACGUAGAGCUUAAUUUGCUCGCCCUACAGAACAGUCCGGGUAAAUCUCACCUCAGAGCAUUUUUUAAUCGGCUAUGGGAGUUAUUUUCCAAUGUUAGCAUAUUUAUUGAUAUAAGGUCAUAAUUCCUCCAUAUCGGUCCGAUAUUUAGUUUCAUGAUAGAUUUUUCCUUUGACAGUUAACUUUUUUUGUUUUUGUUUUAAUUUAAUGGCAGUCAAAAGCCAGGUGUUUUUAUGCACAUACCAUUAAUAUACUUGUUUUCUAAGUUGUGGCUGGCACACACACUAUACACAAAUAGUAAGUUAAUUGUUUGUAAACAUAUUUGGGUCUGGAGUGCCUGCCCAAGCAUCAAGU